AUGAAAAUUCUUUUAAAUUUUAUCUAAUAUCUUAAUUGGGUACUCCAACUCUUUAUAAAGUACUUAAUUCAGAUGAAUAAGGUAUUUAUAUAAUAAUUAUUGAAUAAUCCAUAAAAUAAUGACUCUUUAAUUAGGCUAGUUAUUAAUAAUUUUACAGGAUCAAUAAAAAUACCAGCAACUAUUCGUUAUGCACUGUCCUCUAUAAUUUUAUUAGAAAUAAUUAUGAUGAUAAGGAUAAAAUUAAAUUUUUGCCAUAAAUAGACUUAAUUCAUUAAAAAGUUCUAUUUUAUUUUACCAUUAAUAAUAAAAUUAUAAAUUUAUAAUAUUAAUUGUUAUUAUGAUAAGACCAUUAUCUGA